AUGCAGCCGUCCAUAGUUGUCGUUGAGGAAACUCAACAUGGUCAAGUGGGAAAGCUUAGGGCUGAUGUCGAGUCGAUUGGUCGCGUGCAGGCUCGCAAGCUGUACUCCAACCAAAUCAAGUCGGCGCUCCCCGACUUUGAGAUGGUUGGCUUUUCGACUUUGAUUGAUGACCAACACCAGGUUGAGAGGCCACACCUCAACUUUGGCGAGCACAGGAAAGGUGUCCUGACUUCUUUUGACUUUCGCAACUACAGGAUUCUUAACCCGGACAGGCCGGUCUUUCACGGCAGCCUGCACGAGGUCAAGGAGGCCGUCAAGGCAAUCAAGGAUCCGAUUGUCCGCACUACGUCUCAGCUAGAGCGCGGAAAGAAGAAGGAGACUCCUGUCGUGGUGGGCGUCAAGCAGGUUUAUGACUUGGUGCACGCCGAUCCUUAUGGUGGGCUUGGCUUCUUUUAUCGCCAGGCCAGCGAUGACCCGUCGACGCGCAUGCCCAGUGACAGGCCGGUGUUGUUGUACUGGCUUUAUUACAAGAGCCCAGUCAUGACACGAGCUCUUGACCUGGCAUGGAAAUAUGUCAGGGAGCAGAACCAGCGAGUGUUGGUGUAUGUCGACACACCCUGGAUCCAAUGUGUGGUGGUUGGCCUGUUUAGGUUGGCCGGCUUCAAGACAGUCACUGUCCGACCUGAUCACGGAGCGAACGAGAAGAGCAAGACUAUUGCUGGAUGGAACGACCCAACCUCCGGAGAUGAGAUCUUUGUGGCUAACGUUAACACCAUGGGAACUGGUGUUAACAUGCACACAUGUUGCUCAAAGGGGAUGUUCCUCAACUGGAUGCUCAACGCAAAGAGCAUGCUACAGGUCAUCGGACGCUUGAUUCGCAUCAACCAACAGGAGCCAGUCACCUUCCAUCUCAUAAAGGUGAAGAAUUCGUACUACGACAACAUAGAACGAAUCUGUUGCACCAAGUGGGCCACUGAGUUGUCAGCCGAAGUCAUGCUGCCCGAAUGGAUGACGGGCCAGCUACGCGAUAAUUGCAUCUUUGAGCUCAUCAAGACAUCCUGGCAUCAGUCUUUCAAUCGAUAUGCUUGGGUGGUCGAACGGGAGGUGCAGGGGAAUGAUAUGGCAUAUCAUUCUAACGACACUAUUCGCCUUGGUCACAUCUUUUCGAUGGUUGCCAAACUUGCUCUCAAUGCCAGGGACAACAAAGAGUUUUGGACGGGGAAUGUCGAUUUCGUUGUAGAGGCAUGCCGACGAAUGAUGGAAAACUGGGAGACUCCUGAACAGAUCGAGCAGCUACUCACGUUUUCACCUACUACGUUGUGGUAUACCUGCUAUGCUCUUUUCGAGUCAGCAGUGGAUCAUUUCAAGGAUGAGGGGACAGAACUUGAUCUUGGCCUCUAG